AUGUCACUAAUACUGCAUCCUGUGAUGCUGAAGAGGUUUAGUCCGAGAUUACCGAGCGUGAUAUUGGUUACAUUGGGGCCUAAAUAUGGUUUACAGCGCAGGUCAUUUGCUCUUAGGAGUAACAAUGAGCCAUCUGAGGAGGAACAUGUCCAUAUAAAUACUGCUCCAAUCGAGUUUACUGCCAAUUUAUUAGCAAGAAAACGUGAAACGGACACCGAUAAACUGAAAGAUGUCACGUUGAAAGCUUUGAGAUGCAACGAUACCACUCCAGAGAAUGACUCACCUGCAAAUUCGAAAACAGCAACACAGAAUAUACCUUUUGAUGUGAAGCUAGUGGAUAAACAAGAGAGGAAAAAAGUGAGGGGUUCUCAAGCGGAUUCGAACCAGCUAUUCAAGAAACAAUACAUCGAACCUUAUCUACAGUUAUCUAAACCAAGACUUACUGUGUUGGUUAUGCUAAGUGCGAUUUGCUCUUAUGCUUUAUCACCAUACCCAGCUACUGUUUUACAAUUGCUAUCUCUAACCGUAGGCACUACUCUUUGCUCAGCAUCCGCUAAUGCCAUAAAUAUGGGACGAGAACCAGAUUUUGACCGCCAAAUGAUCAGAACCCAGGCAAGACCUGUAGUGAGGGGAGUAGUGUCACCACAACAAGCCUUUAAAUUCGCAGCAGCAGCAGGUUCUCUGGGUGUCUCAAUCCUUGGACUUGGUGUCAACCCAACCGUUGCAUUUUUGGGUGCCUCCAACAUCGCAUUAUACGCUUGGUUAUACACAUCCUUAAAAAGAAAACAUAUUAUCAACACGUGGGUAGGUGCUUUGGUAGGUGCUAUUCCACCUCUUAUGGGUUGGGCUGCCUCAUCACCUUUAACCCACCCUGGCGCUUGGUGUCUUGCCGGAUUGUUGUAUGCCUGGCAAUUCCCACAUUUCAACACAUUAAGUCAUAACAUUAGAAACGAAUACAAGAAUGCAGGAUAUGUGAUGACAGCGUGGAAAAAUCCCAAACUAAAUGCCCGUGUGGCCCUGCGAUACUCUCUCUUGAUGUUUCCACUCUGUUUUGGGCUAUCCUAUUUCAACAUCACGGAUUGGUACUAUCAAUUGGAUUCUGCCGUUGUUAAUACAUGGAUGUCUUUCUGGGCCCUCAAAUUCUACCUACAACAAAAACGUAAUUAUUCGAAAACUGUUUACAAUAACAAAACAGAGUUCAAUAAAGGUUUAGCUUUAGCAAACGUUUAUGCUAGGAAAACAUUUUGGGUGAGUGUUUUACAUUUACCGGCGGUUUUAAUCUUAGCCAUUUUGCAUAAAAAGGGUCGUUGGGAUUGGCUAUUCGAAGAAGAUAAGAAAUCUUUAAAACCAUAA